GUCGAAUCUUCAGGAGGGACGGACAUGUUUUGGUGUAACACACAACAUUCAGGGAGUUCCUGUCCGACAUGUGUAUGUCAAAUUCAGCCGGGUCCGCUUAUUUAACUCCUAUGUAUACGUAUGCUAGAACAUAGAUUUUCUUACAACCUCUUUGUAGUGGCAUCUGAAUCAUGAGUGGCUCUAAACCAGACAUCCUGUGGUCUCCUCACCAACCUGACCGCUUUGUCAUCUGUGACUCUGAGCUGGGACUGUAUCGCAUUGGACCUGUGGGCAGUGCGGAAACCAAGGCUGGCACUCUGCCGCUCUCUGAAGAAUCUGCUGCUACUUUACUAGCCAUUAACUCUGACACCCCAUACAUGAAAUGUGUGGCCUGGUACCCAAAGCAUGAGCCUGAGUGUUUACUUGCAGUGGGCCAAGCUAAUGGCAGAGUGGUGCUUACUAGCUUAGGCCAGAGCCAUAACUCCUCAUGUAAAGACCUUGUGGGGAAGGAGUUUGUGCCCAAACACGCCCGCCAAUGCAACACUCUGGCCUGGAACCCUGUGGACAGCAACUUGCUGGCUGCUGGGCUGGACAAGCACAGAGCAGACUUUUCUGUCCUUAUAUGGGACAUUAGCAGUAAGUAUUCUCCAGAGGCCAGUGUAGCAGCGGAGAAGAUUCGUCUCUCCUCGGUGGAUUUGGACUCAAGCACUGUAGUGACAAAACCAUUAUAUGAGUUAGGGCAGAAUGAUGCUUGCCUGUCCCUCUGCUGGCUGCUUCGAGACCCAAAGCUACUGUUGGCUGGCAUGCACCGGAACCUUGCUAUAUUUGAUCUGAGAAACACAAGUCAGAAAACAUUUGUCAACACUAAGGCCAUCCAGGGUGUGACUGUCGAUCCACACUUCCAUGACCGUGUGGCUUCAUUCUUUGAAGGCCAGGUGGCGAUAUGGGAUCUGAGGAAGUUUGAAAAGCCUGUGCUUACCCUCACUGAGCAACCAAAACCACUCACUAAGGUGGCUUGGUGUCCAACUCGUACCGGCCUUCUGGCCACACUAACACGUGACAGUAACAUAAUUCGCCUGUAUGACAUGCAACACACGCCUACACCCAUUGGUGAUGAAACAGAGCCCACCAUCAUCGAGCGAAGCGUACAUCCCUGUGAAAGCCAGAUCGGCAGCUUUGCCUGGCAUCCGUCCUCUCAGAAUCGCAUGGUGGUGGUGUCUGCAGCCAACCGGGCCAUGACUGACUUUACUGUGUUCGAACGCAUCUCACUAGCCUGGAGCACUACAACCUCGCUCAUGUGGGCGUGUGGCAGGCACUUGUAUGACUGUGUUGAGGAAGGGGCUGAAGGAGUGGAGAGCAUGAUUGAGAAAGACAUUGCCACCAAGAUGAGGCAGAGAGCUCAGUCCAGGUAUGGACAUGAUACCAUCCAGGUGUGGAGAAACCAUGUACUGGCAGGAGGGAAUGACCCCCAGCUCAAGUCUUUGUGGCAUGAUUUGUUUUAUAUGAAGCAAUGUGCAGAGGAUAUGGAGCUGAAGUUGCAGGGGAACAAGCAGUCUGUGGUGUACUCUGGUAUCAAGAAUAUUGUCAAAACCAGCUCAGGCACAACAGAGAGCCGCAGGUGUUGGAGCGGCUCAGAUCGCCAGACAGACGUGCCACGUUACCACAGUGAGGAGCGUUGCCUUGCCCUGCGUCUCUGCGGCUGGAUCAGCCGAGGUCCUGAAAUUGACAUGGAGGCCUUUUUGCGAAGCUUGGAGCAGGAGCGUGAGUGGGAGCGGGCUGCUGCAGUUGCUCUGUUUAACCUGGAUAUCCGUCGGGCCAUCCAGAUCCUCAAUAAGGGAGCAACUGCUGAGAAGGGUGACCUAAACCUGAAUGUGGUUGCCAUGGCCCUGUCAGGCUACACAGACGAGAAGUCCUCCCUGUGGAGGGAGAUGUGCAGCUCUCUGAGGCUGCAGCUGAAGAACCCCUACCUCUGCGUCAUGUUUGCCUUUCUUACCAGUGAGCCAGGAGCCUAUGAUGGCGUGCUGUAUGAGAGCAGUGUUGCUGUGCGAGACCGUGUUGCCUUUGCCUGUAUGUUUCUCAAUGAUGCACAGCUGCCUCGAUACAUUGACAAACUAACCAAUGACAUGAAGGAAGCAGGCAACUUGGAGGGCAUGCUGCUGACAGGGCUGACCAAAGAUGGAGUAGAUCUUAUGGAGAGUUAUGUGAACAGAACUGGAGAUGUACAGACCGCCAGCUUCUGUAUGCUGAAGGGUUCUCCUGGUGAAGUGUUAAAGGACCCUCGAGUCCAAUGCUGGAUUGAAAAUUACCGCAACCUCCUUGAUGCCUGGAGGUUCUGGCACAAACGGGCAGAAUUUGACAUUCAUAGAGGCAAACUGGACCCCACCUCUAAACCUCUGGCCCAGGUGUUUGUGAGCUGCAACUUCUGUGGGAAGUCCAUCUCCUACAGCUGCUCGGCGAUGCCUCAUCAGGGUCGUGGCUUCAGCCAGUACGGUGUCAGUGGCUCACCGACUAAAUCUAAAGUCACCAGUUGCCCGGGCUGCCGGAAACCACUGCCACGUUGUGCCCUCUGCCUCAUGAACAUGGGCACACCUGUUUCCAAUUGCCCAGGAACUGGAAAGUCAGAUGAGAAGGUGGACUUAACAAGGGAGAACAAACUUGCUCAGUUCAACAACUGGUUCACAUGGUGUCACAACUGUCGACAUGGUGGCCAUGCAGGCCACAUGCUCAGCUGGUUCAGAGACCACACAGAGUGCCCAGUGUCAGCUUGCACGUGUAAAUGUAUGCAGCUGGACACGACUGGGAACCUGGUACCUUCAGACAGCAGCUAAACGGGAAGAUAGUCAAACUGCAAACUUGUACACCAGCGUGGAGCCAUGCAGUAGACCAGUGCAGGUUCACCAUAGCGCUCGCUGAACCGUCAGCUGAGCGAGGGACAAAGGGUGCCAGCGGUGUCCUCCUCUGAAGUGGCUGCUUGACUAGAAUAAAAUACUAAAUUGUUUAGCGAAUCAUAUGAAGAAGGGAGGCUGUAUGUGUUACUGAUCUGACUAACCAAUUCACAGACAGAAAGGGAGCUGAUGCUAAUUCAGCGCUGUGCUAAUGAAAAUCCUACUCAGGAGAAAUACUGGUCUAAACUGAACAGAGAUUAAUGGGUUUAUUGUGAUCUAUUAGGAAAUUCUAAUAUCUACUAACACAUUGGAUUGUAAAAAUGGGAUCACAAGUGCCAAGAUGUCUGAACUAUAUUUUGUGACUUGUGUUUCUAUACACUAUUUACUUGUGUUUGUCUUACGAAAAGGUCUUCACAUACCUCAUGAAAGCAUUGUUUGGGGUGAAGGAUGGUACCCCAGGUGCUGGAGCGAAGUUUAACGCACAAUAACAACACUCCCUUGCUCUCUUCAUGUUCCUCUGUGCCACUCUUCAUCUGGCAUUGUGUGGAAGGGCUUCCAGUGCGAGGGCUGGCUUUUGUGGGCUGAGGAUGGGGAAUUGGAGAUGGUAGGGGUGGUGGGUGAGGAGGAGGACGAGGAGGGUGCAAGGGUGCGUCUGUAUUCACCAGCCCACUCCAGGCCUGUGGCCCAUGAAAGAAUCUCCCCAGAAAACAGCAGCUGCUCGGCACUCUGACAAGACCCUCCAGAUUGUUCCCUUCAUAAAAACCUCAGCUGCCGGAACACUAUUGAUUCAAAGAGAGGGCGAGAGAACAGACAGCCUAAGCCCCGUGCCCCCCCCCCUCCUACGCCCUCGACACACACAGACUUGCCCUCUCUUUCUUUCUCCCUCUCUUUGGUGCCCAAAUUGCACCCAAAAACUAUGCAUACCACACAUCAGUCCAAGGAUGGGCGCCGUCUGUGGGGGAACGGCUGUCUGUAAGCCGCAUUGUAAAUGGGUUUUCUCUCUUUCUCUGCCACCCUCCCUGCUCUAUCACUAACCCAGGGAGGCAUUGUAAAUGAGAGGCGGCCUGCACCAGAGCUGGCUAAAUCACUUAGUCAUGGAGGAGGAGGUGAGGGGUUUGGGAGCGGAGGGUGGGGGGCAGAGGGGCUACUGUAUGCUGUCUUUAGCAAGAUCUCGUCCCAGUGUGGGAGGUUUUCUAGGCCCACAUUCCCUUUUGUGAAUUAUUUUGGAGUGGAGCUGACAAAUUAGUAAUCGUUGUAGUGUCCUGAAAAACAGAGCGGCUGGAAUUUCAUCCUUUUCAGUGUUUCUUGUGUUUGUCUUUUAAAUAAAUUCAGAGUGACAAAUUGGAGCACUGCUGAAUAGAGUGUUUUCCAUAAGUUUACAUGGUUUAUUUUUACAUUAUCAUGUUUCAUAGACACAGAUGGCCUGGAUUUUUGUAAUGUGCGUAUUUGACCUUUGAAUAAAUGCAAUGAGUAACAUAUUCUCCCGUGGGAACUCUAAAAGAAUCACACUC